GGGGGAAAAAAAAAGGUGAACUUUUCCUUAUUCGUUCAACCAAACCAAAACAGAAAGAUCUAAGAUCAUCAUCUUCUUUGCCAAGAUAGGAAGAAACAACUUCUAAUUUCCUUUCUGUGAACUGUGGUAUCCAUUCAGCUAUUCGCUAUGAUAAGAUUUAUCCUUCAAACUCUGCCAUGGAAUUAGUGCUGCUUUCAUCUGUUUACCUGCUGCGUACCCUUUUCCUUGGGAGGAAGAAACCAUAUGGAUGAUGCAAAUUUGCAGGAGUCGGCAGGUCCGGAGUUGGGGCAAGUGACAGCGCAAUCAUCUUCUUCCAGCUCAGUCCCGGUUGAGCCUGGACAGGAGUUUGAAGUUUUCUUGAGCUUCAAGGGAGAGGACACCCGCAAAACGUUCACCGACUGCCUAUACUGCUGCCUGACAGAUGCAGGGAUCCGUGCCUUCAGGGACAAUGAAGAGCUCCAUGUUGGGGAGGAGAUCGGCCCCAAACUCAUGAGAUCGAUUGAGCAGUCGAAGAUCUGCAUACCCAUUUUCUCUAAAGGUUAUGCUUCAAGCAAGUGGUGCCUUAAGGAGGUGACUGAGAUGGUGAAGUGCAUGAAGAAGGCUACUGGACAUCUGAUCAUGCCGAUCUUCCUAGAUGUCACGCCUGAUGAGGUCCAACACCAAACUGGAUGCUAUGCUGAAGCAUUCUGCAGGCAUGAGAAGAAUUAUGACCUUGAGACAGUGCAGGGGUGGAGGGAUGCCCUCAAAGAGACUGUCAAAUUGAAGGGUCUGGAACUCAGCGUAGUGGCAAAUGGAAAUCAAGGAGAAUUCAUUAAGUUGGUGGUUGCAAGGGUUCUGAGAGAACUGAAGCAAGCCAACUUGAAUGUGAGUGAGAUCUUAGUUGGAAUCGACGAUCCUGUGGAAGAAGUUGUGGAACUAUUGGAGGUUGGCUUAAAAGAUGUCCGCAUUGUGGGCAUCUGGGGCAUGGGCGGCAUCGGAAAGACGACUCUUGCCAAGAUCGUCUACAACAAACUUCUGGAUCAGUUUGAAUGUAGUUGCUUUCUCAAUGACAUUCGAGAAAUUUCCCGAUCGAAGGGCCUUCCAUCCUUGCAAACAAAACUAGCAUCGGGUAUCUUAAGGUGCAACCAUGAAGAAUUUGCUAAUGUUGAGGAAGGAAUCAAUGUACUUAAGAAUAGGCUUCACGAUAGGAAGACUCUCAUUCUUCUUGAUGACAUUGAUGACAUUAGCCAACUUAAAGCGCUAGCAUCAGAUCUUGGCUGGUUUGGUCCAGGAAGUUGGAUUAUUGUCACAACUAGAGAAAGGGAAGUUCUCAAUCAAUUUCAGAUCUGCUAUAUUUAUGAAGUCGAACUAUUGAGUGAAGAUCAAGCUUUAGAACUCUUCUCUAAGCAUGCGUUUGGAGAUGCCUUGCCCUUGACUGAAUUUUACAAUCUGUCCUGCAAUAUUGUAAAGAGAACGGGAAGGCUUCCCCUGGCGCUUGAGGUCAUAGGUUCAUUUUUAUCUGCCUAUCGUGGACGCAUGGACAUUUGGGAGGGUACAGUGGAGCAGUUGAAGAGAUCAAAGCCUAACAUGCGCAUGCAUGAUAAAUUGAUGAUCAGUUACAAAUCGUUGGAAUACGAACAACAACAGAUAUUUCUAGAUAUCGCUUGUUUUUUCUCCGGAGCAAAUGUUAGAGAUCUGAUUCCCAUGUGGGAUGACUGUGGCUUUUUCCCAACAGUUGCGAUUGAAAUCCUCCAGCUAAAGUCUCUGAUUAGAAUCCGAGAUGGCAACACUCUUUGGAUGCACGAUCAGCUUGUCGACCUCGGGAGGCAUAUUGUGGAAGAAGAAAACUACAAAGAACCGGAGCUACGAAGUAGGUUGUGGAGAAGUGAAGAAGCUAUAGAUGUAUUAAUGGGGGAGCAGGGAAGCUCAAAAGUUGAAGCUGCUGCAAUUUGGGCAGAUAAAGGAAGAGUUACUUUCACGAAUGAGUGUUUUAAGAAUCUAUCAAAGCUAAGGGUUCUUCGGCUGCAUGGUGUUAAACUUGAUGGAACCUCUCUGCAUUUUCUGCCAAAGCUGAGAUGGCUCAGAUGGCCGAUGAAGAGUGCAUAUCUGCCGGCUAAUUUGCAUCUAAGUUAUUUAACUUUCCUUGAUCUAUCAUACAGCGAAAUUGAUGGGGACUUGAUCUGUUGGAGCUCAAUCGAGAUGGGGAAGUUAAAAAUUCUUAAACUCACACACUGCCGGAAACUCAAAAGAAGUCCUGAUUUUUCUGCAUUUCCAGCCUUGGAGAGAUUGAGUGUUGGAUCCUGUAAUUAUCUAGUUUCGGUUGACUCAUCAAUAGGGCUUCUCAAAGCUUUGAAACAUGUAGAUAUGAGGUUUUGCCAGAGACUAAGGAAGCUGCCGGAGCAGUUGGGUUCUUUGGAGGCAUUGACUGAGCUUCUCAUUGACGGAACUUCUAUAGAUGAAAUACUGAUAUCAAAAGGUAUGAAGAAGCUUGAGAUUCUAUCUGCCAAUAGUUGCCGCUACCUUAAUGGAAUUCCCGUGUCGGUUGGAUCCCUGAUAAAGCUAAAGCGGCUGUCACUAGCAGAAUGUUAUACUUUAACUAAACUCCCAGACUCCGUUGGGCAGUUAAGCUCCUUAGUGGAGCUGAACUUGGAGAGAUCUGGAGUAACUCGUUUACCGAGGACUCUUAGAUAUUUAGAGAAGCUUGAAGUACUAGCCAGUGCCUGUACUUUGAUGGAGGAAGUUCCAAUCGAUCUCAGGGGCCUCUCCUUUCUAAGAAUGGAGAGGGAGAGAUUACACUGGAGAAGGGUUAAGAGCCCUCCUGCACGCAUUAGUAGAUUUUCUCAUCCUUGGAAAGGUGUUGGUCAUUUUUUUGGCCCAUAUAGUGUAAAAUCCCUGGGCUCCUCGGUGCUCACGUUCCUAGAUCUCUCGGGAUUGGUUGACUUAAAAGAAUUGUAUCUAUGUGGGGAUUUUCUUAAGGAAGAAUGCCUGGCUAAGCUAUGCAAAUUGGAGAUAUUGGUUUUGAUAUCAGUAAACAUCAGCACUCUUCCUAAAGAGAUUGGCACCUUCACUGCGCUGGAAAUAAUUAAUAUAUCUGCUUGCAAAGAACUCAAAUGCCUUCCUACCCUUCCUGCAAGUCUGUAUUCGCUCAAAGUUAUUCAGUGUCCAUCCCUCGAGAGGUUUCCAAAUGUUUCCAACCUGAAGAAACUGAUGGAAUUACAUGUGCAUUCCUGCUCCGUCCUCAAGGAAAUCGCCGGCCUUGCCAACCUAAUCUCCCUGUAUUCUCUGGAGAUACGUGACUGCCCUAUAGCUAUGCUUGAUGGUCUUGAAAAACUUGAAUCUUUAAUUAGAUCCUGCAAUGUUGUAAGACUGCCAGAAUUGUCCAGAUCGAAGAAUUUGUGGCUCAUAGAUGCUUCGGAUAACGGGCUGCAGAGGUUGCAGCUAGAUCUGCCAGAGUUGCAGAGGUUAGAGAGCAUGGAUGCUAAGGACAGCUGGAAUCUGCGCCAACAACCGAAUGGAUUGGAGUCCCUGGAAAAACUGUACCUACGUGAGUGUAAGGCAAUUGAAAGCCUACCUAAUCUAUCAAGAUUGCAGAGGUUAAAGACUUUGAGAAUAGAAACAUGUGAGAAAUUGCGCCAACUUGAUGGACUGGAAGAAUUGGAGUCCCUGGAAGAACUGGAUAUGAGUGGGUGCAAGGCAAUUGAAAGCCUACCUGAUCUAUCAAGGUUGCAACGUUUAACGUUUCUGAGCACAGUAGCAUGCGAGAAGUUACGCCAACUUGAUGGACUGGAACAAUUGGAGCCCCUAGAAGAACUGGACAUAAGUGGGUGCAAGGCAAUUGAAAGCCUACCUGAUUUAUCAAGGUUGCAGAGUUUAACGUUUCUAAGCACUGUAGCAUGCGAGAAGUUGCUCCAACUUGAUGGAUUGGAAGAAUUGAAAUCAUUGGAAGUACUGAACAUAAGAGGGUGCAAGGCAAUUGAAAGCCUACCUUAUCUAUCAAGGUUGCAGAGGUUAAGGACUCUGAGAACAGAAGCAUGUGAGAAAUUGCGCCAACUUGAUGGACUGGAAGAAUUGGAACCCCUGAAAAAACUGGACAUAAGUGGGUGCAAGGCAAUUGAAAGCCUACCUGAUCUAUCAAGAUUGAAGAGGUUAAAGACUCUGGGAACAGAAGCAUGUGAGAAAUUGCGCCAACUUCAUGGACUGGAAGAAUUGGAGUCCCUGGAAGAACUGGACAUAAGUUGGUGCAAGGCAAUUGAAAGCCUACCUGAUCUAUCAAGGUUGCAGAGGUUAAAGACUCUGAGAACAGAAGCAUGUGAGAAAUUGCGCCAACUUCAUGGACUGGAAGAAUUUGAAUCCCUGGAAGAACUGGACAUAAGUUGGUGAAGAAUUGGAGUCCUUGGAAGAAUUGGACAUAAGUGGGUGCAAGGCAAUUUAAAGCCUACCUGAUCUAUCAUGGUUGCAGAGUUUAAUGUUUUUGAGCACAGAAGGAUUCGAGAAGUUGCGGCAACCUGAUGGACUGGAACAAUUGGAGUCCCUGAAAGAACUGGACAUGAGUGGAUGCAAGGCAAUUGAGAGUCUACCAGAUCUGUCAAGGUUGCAGAGGCUAUGAAAGUUGAAAAUGGAAGAAUGGGAGAAGUUGCACCCACAAGAAUAAGAGUCCCUGGAUGAACUGGACAUAAGUAACUGGACAUAUGCGAGAAGUUGCACCAACUCUGUGGGGUGGAUGCAAUGCAAUUGACAAGCUGCCCGACCUGUCAAUGUUGCAGAGCAGACUGAUGGAGCUAAAACUCUAGGGGUGGUGGCGAUGUGGAGAAGCACGGUGGAGAUCGGGUUCCGGAGCGGUCAAGCGUGCCGGGGUUGAGGGGAAGAUCGUUGGUAAAGAGAGAGAGGCUGGGCCUGAGCCAUUGGGCUAGAGAGGAGGAGGUCGUUAUGGAUUUGUUAGGAAGAUUGUUUCAUUUGAUCUCUGGAUGCAAAGCACUCGAGGUAUCAGACCUCUCACAUCUGCAGAAACUACAAAUCGCAGAAUGAGUCCAAUGGCAUUUGCUAUAUCUUGAUGCUGAUAACUUGAAAAAGAGUACGUGAUCAAAUUGACACAAGCUUUUAUUUCAUUGCCAAAGCAUAGAUGGUAGUCAAACCCGAUAAAUGUUGGGGAUCUGCCAGUUAGGCCCGAGGAUUCGCUCCCUGAAAUAUGCUCUCUCUAUGCAUAAGAUGCUAACAGGUGAAAGCCUGAGGAGACGGGACCUGGAAAUGGGAUGUUUUCGGGCAUAUCUUGGAUAACUUAUCAGCUUCACAGGCUGAUUUCAGUGGAUUCUUGGUGGAAUAUGGACUCUCUUUGGAAACAUAUCAGGAGCUGGAAGGGACCUCAACGCAUACGCAACUUCCUCUGGCUUGUGUGCCAUGAUCGUUUGCUUGCCAACUCUUAUAGGGCCUGGUUUUUUCUCGCUUCCUCUCCAUGAUUGGGUAGGGAACAAAUUUGAGACGCUACAGGGCUGACUCUGAAGGUAGAUGGCCGUUGGGUGUUGGAUGCUUUGGGGGUGGAGAAACAAGGAGUUGUUGGAAGCUGAUUUCCUGCGUCCUACCAACAUGACAGCCCCAGUGCUGCAGUUUUCAAAUUCUAGCUGUCAAGCCAGUCCUUCAACUGGUAAGUGUACUAAAUCUCCUUGGGAGUGGAGAUGGAUCUCUUGGAUUAAACUGCCCUUCAGGUGGCUUAAGCUCGACAUCGAUGGUGAUUCUAAGGGGAAUCCAGGUCUUGCAGGUGCGGGAGGGGUUCUUCGGGAUAGCAAUGGCAGAUGCACUUAUGAUGUUGGCAUGUCCUCAGCAGUCGUGGCUGGCCUAUGGGGUGCAUUCAUUGGUUUGAGACUAAUGCUUGAAGUAGAUUUUUCGAUUUGGAAUUCAAAGUCUUCAAAGGAAAUCUAAUAACAUCCCACAAGGUCCUCCAUAAAA